CAACGUUCUGUCCGGAACUAACAAGUUCACUAUGUUUCCACGGACUUUUUAUUUUGCUGGACCUUUUUCUUGACAGCAAGUAGCACUAAACCAUGAUUGGAGUGGAGGCUGGGCUUUACAUCGGGUCUGUGUCCGAUCUGAAGGACGCUCAGAGCCUGACAGACUCAGGUGUAACACACAUACUCACCGUUGACUCAGAGGAACCUGCUGUCACUGGAUUCCACACCAAAUUUGUCCGAGCAUUGGAUGAAGCGUCCACAGAUCUCCUGAGUAGACUGGAUGACUGUGUCAGCUUCAUAUGUGACGCUGUCAGCACACACUCUGAAUCCAAACCAUCAGCAGUUCUUGUGCAUUGCCAUGUAGGGCAAAGUAGAAGUGCUGCUGUGGUGACUGCUUACCUGAUGAAAACACAACAUCUGAAUUUACAGGAUGCAUAUACUAAGCUCCAAAACUUAAAACCAGAUGUUAAAAUGAAUGAAGAAUUUAUGGACCAGCUGGCACUUUAUGAAUUAAUGGAAUGUAAAGUAGACACCACAAAUCCCUUAUAUAAGCAGUUUAGAUUGAAGAAAAUUACAGAGAAAUAUCCAGAACUUCAGAAUGUGCCAAAAGAUGUCUUCGCUGUUGACCCUGCACAAACCCAGAAUGCAGAAGCUGUAUACAGAUGUAGGAAGUGCAGACGCACACUUUUCCGUCACUCCAGCAUUCUCAGUCACUGUGUGGGAAGUGGAGCCUCUGCAUUCGCUCAUAAGAAGACGAGGAUAGUCAGUGAUAGUGAGGAUCAGAGACAGUGUACAUCCUACUUUAUAGAGCCGGUGCAAUGGAUGGAGCCGGCCUUACUAGGUGUUAUGGAUGGACAGCUUUUGUGUCCCAAGUGCAGCUCAAAGCUGGGCUCCUUUAACUGGUAUGGUGAACAGUGUUCGUGUGGGCGCUGGGUGACACCGGCCUUCCAGAUGCACAAGAACAGAGUGGAUGAAAUCAAACACAUCAGUAUAUCUGCACUCAAAUGACCUGCAAAUAAAAAAAAAUGUAUUAUAUGCUCAGAAACUGUUGUUAUUGGUAGUGUUUUAUUACUUCCCUGGUGAAAAAAACAGCAUAUGCUGGUAGGUAUGUUUUGAAGCUGGAAUGCUGGUUAGGUAUGUUUUGAUGCUGGUUUACGCUGGUCCUUUGCUGGUUUAUGCUGGUCCUUUGCUGGUUUAAGCUGGUCCUUUGCUGGUUUAAGCUGGUCCUUUGCUGGUUUAUGCUGGUCCUUUGCUGGUUUAUGCUGGUCCUUGACCAGCAACAUGACUAGCAUAAACCAGCAAUGACCAGCAUAAA